GUUUUAUAUCUCUUCCAGACUUUCAUAAUAGGUCAUCACAAUGGAUAAUACGGUUCGUUUGCUGAUACGAUUUGUUGCUAGAGGUUUCUAUGGUAAACCGUACGUUCUCAUUUUGGAUGCUGUUUUGUUGCAUUCGGUACUUUCAGAAGAUGAUUUAUCACAUCUUUUAGGUAUACAGAGAAAAGAACUGAGAUCAUUGUGCUCUAGAUUAGUGGAGGAUAGAUUGUUAACAGUGCAUGUCCAAAAGGAAGAAGGACCUCAAUUGAGGCCGAUCACUAGAACGUAUUAUUUCAUUCAUUACACUGAAGCUAUUGAUUCAAUUAAAUGGAAGGUUCAUUCGGUGGUACAAAACAUUAAAGAAGAUUUGCAUAUGGAGAAUAAUCCUCAAGGUUACAUUUGUCCUGUUUGUAAAACAAAGUAUUCACAACUAGAUGCAGUUGCUCUAUUAAAUUAUGAGAAGAAUGAAUUUUUGUGUUCUUUAUGUAAUGAACCAUUAAUUGAAGAUGAUUCUGGAAAGAUUGCUAAAGAAAAUCAAGUCAAAUAUUCAAAAUUAAUGAAUGAUCUUGAACCUAUUAUUGAUUAUUUGAAAAAAAUUGAUGAACGUCCAAUUCCUGAAAAUAACUAUGAAACUUCAUUAUCAAGAGUUAUUCCUGCCCAAGCUUCUUCAAAUGCUUCAUACUCUGUUUCAAACUUCAAGAGCAGAAAGAUGUUCAGCAGAGACUCUUACUUGAACAAUGCAAGCUCUAUGAAUGCAGGCUCAAGAUCUCAAGCUACAUUACAUGUUAAUAUCACAACUGCUAAUGAUGAUAAUUUGCAAAGAGAAAAACAAGCAAUUGCACAAGAGGAAAAGAGAAAACAAAAUGCUCUGCCAUCUUGGCAUGAAGAGAGUACUAUCGGUAAAGGACUGGGUAAACUGGAUAAAGAAGAUCCUGAAGAUUUGGAUUCUUCUGAAAAGAAAUCAACUGAGGAUUUAACUAAUGAACAAGCUCAACCGGAAACUGAUAAGGAUGGUGAUGUAAAUACUGAGGUUUCAACCAAUGCAACAACCAAAGAUACUGCACCAUCUGUCUCUACUGUUGAGGAUCAAGAUAAAGAAGCUCAAGAUGCUUUGGCUGCUUAUUAUGAACAAUUGGCUCAAAAGGAAAAUGAUGAAGAUAAUGAUGAAGAUGAGGAAGAAGAGGAAGAUGAUGAAGAUGAAGAGUUUGAUGAUGUUGAUUUUGAAGAUGUUGCAGGAGAACAAAACAGUAAUGAACAAAGUACGAAUAAUGAACCAAAAGCUGAAGAUUUAGUUGUGGAGGAAAUGGAGUUUGGAGAAAGUGAUGAAGAAUAAGUCUACAUUGUCAUGAUUUAAUAGCAUUAAUUAAAUAAAUAUAGUUAUAUAUAUAGGACAAAUCGAA